AAUUAUUGACCCCUCCAGAGCUGCCAGCAUUUUGAGAUUGAAAUACCUGAGUCCCAGCCCGGGAGUCAUAGCUUGCAGUGAGAGAAAACCUGUCGCGGAAAAAAAUUGAAUGCUAGAAACUUGUAGUGCUAUAUGUAACGAUAAGGUUGCCAUCGAGUAUGAGAGUGUAACUGGUUUACGGGUGAUUCAGAUCAGCGUGAACUGUAGGAGCCAUCUAGCCUUUGAGAACACAUUUGUAUCUACUGAAGUAAGUUCAUCGUUAGCAAGACAUUCAAAUCUUAGAACGGGACAUAGCAGGCUAUUCCUGUUGUAGAUCUGUGAGCUGAACCACUGUAUUCUUUGUUGACAGAAUCCAUUGUCACUAUUUUAUUCGACGACCUCAGUCAGACCAUACAUUGCUGCAGUGAUCUGAGUUAGAAGCACAAUAUUGUUAACAGCCAUGGAAAGAGCUGAUCCGCAAGUAGAGAAGCUGUUCCCUGAGGAAGCCCUGUCCAUUCCAGCGCCAGUGAGCUCAUCGUUCUGUGUGCCAUAUACGACGCAAUUCAUCAUCUUUAAAAAGAAUUUUGUUUGGACAGAUGGCGUGUACAAAGUGAAGGAUAUCAAGGGCAAUUUGCUCUUCAAGAUAGAUAGAUCUUCGGCCCUUUGCUGUAACCUGGUCGUCUACGAUCACGAUGGAAGUGUCGUCAUGAGUUUGAGAAGGAAGAUCUUUUCGUUCGUGGAUACAUGGAAUGCGUACCGCGGCAAGAAAUCAAGCAAGUCUGAGGAUCGGCUUUUCACGAUGUCAAGGUCCAGUCUCAUUCAGUGGAAACCGCAUUUCACGAUAUGGCUUCCAGGAAAGGGAAACGAUGAAUUUACGCUGAGUAGCGACUUCUUCGGAACGCAUUACAAAAUACGUCACAACGGUGUUAUCAUCGCAGAGGCUGUACAGAAGUGGGUGCUCUGCUUCAAAAAAGAAAUGGCGGUUACAGUGAAACCGGGAGUCGACCAAGCAUUCGUAGCAGCACUUCUCGUCAUCAAGAGACAGAUAGUCCCUCACAAGCAGAUUGAAGUUGAGGUUGGCGGAGAUUGAGUGUAAGCAGAGAUACAGGAAAAGAUACAACAAAUUUCGAAUUGUACGUACGGAUUGUGUCCUCCACUUCCGAAUUGUUCUACCUACGCCGAGGUACAUCGUAUGGUGGUCAAAAAUCCGUAUCAAUAUGAAUGGAUGCAAAAUGGCCGGAAAUGACAAUGUAGAAAGCUCCAGGUUCUUGUUCAAGGCCAUUAACUAUUUCAGCCAGACUGUUGCCAGUGCAUUUCUCUGUGUUACACUACUACUCCUCCAAGCGCAAGAAUAUAGCAAGAUACAGGCCUAUUUCACUAGGAGACAGAUUUUAAUACGCUUCGAUUAGUCUCUUGAACAACUAACCAAAAUGCAAUAACAGCAGAUUCACGAAGUGUGAUUUUUAAGUGCCAUUGCCUGAAUCCCACCAGUGC